AUGCCAAAGCAAGUCUUCGACCCCCGCCACCACACUAACCCCUUAAUCUGGUGUGCCGCCAUCAUAUGCGCCAUCCUGGCAGUGGCCGUCAUCUUCGCCGGCAUCAUAAUCUUCAUAAGCUACCUCACGAUCAAGCCCAAGGUGCCAAAGGUCACAAUCUCCCGGGCCCAGCUCAACACCAUAUACUUCGACCAGGCAGGACUGCUCACUCUCCAGCUCACGGUCAUUGUCCAGGCCCAAAACGACAAUGCCAAGGCCCAUGCGAAUUUCUAUGACAUGAAGUAUACCCUCAGCCUCCGGGGGCAGAAGUUAGCGUCCUUGGAGGUGGCCGACCCGUUUAACGUGGGCCCGAAUAGCACCUUGGAGCUGAGUUUCGUGCCCCAGCCGAGCUCGAUCCCUUUGAACCCGGAGGAGGCGGAUGUCAUCAGCCUGUCAUUGAGGCAUGGGUCUUUGACUUUUGAGGUGCAAGGGACGACGAGGACCCGGUGGAAAGUAGGACUUAUUGGGUGGAUUAAGUUUGGGUUGCAUUUGCAUUGUUGGCUUCAUUUGCCGGUGGAUACGACCGUAGUCAGCCCAAACUGUAGUCCGAGGUCUAACUAUGGUUAA